GCCUAAUCUAUAUGCCUCUGGCGACAGAGGCAUGUAGUCUAGACGUACCCUGAGUUUACCAAAUCUUCCUGGGUAUUUUUAUUCUCUUUAAGAAAUGCAUAAUAGUUACAAGAUAGGGCCACUGGAAAUCUAGAAAUAAUUCUGAGCAUAAUUUCUGGAUUACUUUUAGAAAAUUGAUUGGGGGGAGGAGGAGAAAAUCCUUUAUAGUGUUUUGAAUAAUGUUUAAUACAAUGGAUUUUUUCACACCUAAUCUCCUCUUCUAGCUCUUCAUACUCCUCAUGCAUAUUAUUUUAUUUUCUCCUUUUUGCCAGACUGUUAUGUUGAAGACCAGAUCAUUGGAGUAUUUGCUAGAACAUUCACGUAAUUGUAUCUGUAAAACUUGAAGCCUUAUUCCUGUGAAAUGUCUUUCUUAGGGAGAUUUAGAAAGAAAAGAUUGCACAUCCAGAAGGUUAUCUUCACAACUAAAAAGGCUAGAAGAUGUCUUUAAAAAAACCCCCAAAAAACCCUUCAAUUUUACAAAAAAGUUGCUACCCGUUACCCCAUUUUAUAAAUUCCCUAAAUCUGAUUUGUAGUGAGAAAUUUCUACAGAGUGCAUUUUUUUCCAUUGAGACAAACAUGACCUAGACUGCCAGCUUCCACCCACAAUACUUUCUAUUGACAAUCUUCCAUCUGUGGCAGACUAUAACCAUAUUGCUAGGCUAGAUCUGUCAUUUGAGGUUAUUUAACCUGUUUCUCAGUGUUUGUACAGAUCUCUGAAGAUUCAAAAUACUAUGUAAGUGUGAAGUAGUAGUAUUAUCCUACUAAAGAGAAAGACUUAGCAUCUGAGAGAUCAUCCACGAGUUUGCUCCAUUCCUGCCAUCUUGCUGGGAUGCAAUCCUGUUGAUGGCCCGCCCUAAAGUAAACACAGAGCCACUCAAUUAGUGCAUCCUGUACUCUUUUGGGGAAGGGAGUGGCACAGGGAAAAUUUCACAGUCUAUAAACAACCUGCAGCUAAUUCUUCCAAUUAAUGGGAAUUAAAGACACCCUGAAUUUGUGUUAGAGCCAUGGUCAUGACUCCAAAAAUUGGCGUCGUAACCAGGUUUCAUUAAAUACCUUGAAUGAAAUCCUGGUCCCAAUGGAAUCAUUGGCAAAACUUCCAUUCCAUUCAGUGGGGCCAGGAUUUCACUUCGUAUUUUUAGCUCCCCCUUCCAUAGCUGUAUUAUUGUCUUGGGAAAUUGAUUUGGUUUGGCCUAAAAGUCACAAGAUUUAGUUUUCUAAUAAACUUGAAGAAAAUUGUGGAAUUGUGUAGUAGGUAAUUUAAAAUAUGAAAUGGUUAAUGUGAACUGGUAUCUGAUGAUUGGGGUCCUUCUGUAUUAAAAAAAUUUAGUCUGCCAACUUUUGAAAAACUCAGCUCGAUACAUAGUUAACCCAACUCCACAUUUAAGUACUUGAGCAAGUCAGUGGCCAAAAAGUACAAUUCUUUCAUAUUAAAACUGGUUGGCUUUGGUAGGCUUAGUUAUCUAAUUCUUCUGUUAUUUCAGAAUGUUUAUUCAUGGAAUUUGCAUUUAUUCAUGUCUACAACUAUGAUUUUGACUGAAACACCUCCGAGAAGACCCACUUUUUCACCUGGAGCUUUGAAACAUUGAUUGCAUGUAUGGACUUUUGAUUUGAUUGAAUCUCAUUUGCAUAUCUAGGAAUUUUCUUCUGAUGCAGUGCAGCUAUGUCUAGUGUAACCCGGCCUAAUUAGUAUUGCUCGGUGAUUUGGGGCUGAUAUCAAAGACUAUUAUGUUAAUUAAAAAUGUAGUGAGUUAAAGCUAAAGCUGUGACCACAUCUCUGUUCAUAUUGGACCAGAGUAUAAAUUGUACCAAAAGGCACUGUUUAACUUCAGCAUUCUCUUUUAUGCUAUAAAUUAAUUUGCUUUAAUUUUGUUCUCAUAUUAAUAUCCUUCUCUGGUUAACCAUUGUUUUUUAAUAAGGGGCUAAGAGAAUUCAAUAGAAAUACAUAGUAGAGUGACAUUGAAUAUUCACUACUUCAGAAUGUGGGUCUCUCUAAUACAAUAGUUUUAAUUUAAAUAUUUCCUUGUGAGUGAAAAUGUGAGUGCCCUCCAGGACCACUAGUGUGAUAAAAGAUGCAUAGAAUUGAUACAUUCCUGUCUAGUCAUGCCCUGAUGUAAUUGUGCUUGCAAUUUCCAUUAUUAUACACUCUGCACAUUAAAUGCUUUCCCUUUAAUAUUAGAGCUGUGCACAUUACAAUAGGUGUCACUGUGCUGCUGGGUCCAAUCGUUAUCGGUGACUUCAGCUAUUGGCUCAAAACACUGGCUGUCUGACUCCAUCUGCAGGGCUGUAAUACCUACUCUGUUCAGAUCUUUUCAACACACAAGUUCAGCCAGCUGAACAGACUAGCAGUGCUACAGCACAUCUUGCUAGCCUAAUUCAGAAAGCCAGUGCGAUAGCUAAAUGCAUACUCUCUUUGCACAGUGUAGUACUUUGAGGUGAUUCAGUUUCAGGACAUUUUGGAAAAGAGCCUGCAAGUAAAUAAAACUGGGAGUCAUGAUGGAGAUGUAUUUAACAAGUCAAAUACUGGAUCAAACUUAAAGCCAGUUUCUUACUCAGUACACUGAAAAGGUCACCUUGUCUUGCUGGAAAGGAAGCAAAAUCCCAGCUUUGUUGCUUUUUUAUUUAACAUCUUGGCUCCCACUUUUUUUUCUUAAUGUUCUUACCUAGUUAGGUUAUCUAGCUGAACAGACAAGGAUACUCAUGGUAGAUGACACGGGAAAGAACAUGAAAUGUCUCACCUUCUUCUUGAUGCUUCCAGAGACAGUCAAGAACAGGUCUAAGAAAAGCUCUAAGAAAGGAAAUAGCAGCAGCAGCAGCAGCAGCAGCAGUAGUAGCAAGUUGCCUCCAGUUUGCUAUGAAAUCAUUACCUUGAAGACCAAAAAGAAGAAGAAGAUGGCUGCUGAUAUUUUUCCCAGAAAGAAACCAGCCAAUACUAAUACAACUGCUGUCCAGCAAUACCACCAACAAAACCUCAACAACAAUAACACUAUCCCUGCCCCCAAUUGGCAAGGGCUUUAUCCCACCAUCAGAGAGAGAAAUGCAGUGAUGUUCAACAAUGACUUGAUGGCAGAUGUUCAUUUUGUGGUUGGGCCACCAGGUGGGACCCAGCGGUUGCCAGGACACAAAUAUGUCUUAGCUGUUGGGAGCUCUGUAUUCCAUGCAAUGUUUUACGGAGAGCUUGCUGAGGACAAAGAUGAAAUUCGUAUACCAGAUGUUGAGCCUGCUGCUUUUCUCGCUAUGCUGAAAUACAUAUAUUGUGAUGAAAUUGACUUAGCUGCUGAUACCGUGCUGGCCACUCUUUACGCCGCCAAGAAGUACAUCGUUCCUCAUCUUGCCCGAGCUUGUGUCAACUUCCUAGAGACGAGCCUAAGUGCAAAGAAUGCCUGCGUGCUUCUCUCCCAGAGCUGCUUAUUUGAGGAACCUGACCUGACCCAGCGCUGCUGGGAAGUGAUUGACGCCCAGGCAGAGCUGGCGUUGAAAUCGGAGGGGUUCUGCGAUAUUGAUUUUCAGACGCUUGAAAGCAUCCUCCAAAGGGAGACUCUGAAUGCCAAAGAAAUUGUUGUUUUUGAAGCUGCUCUGAACUGGGCUGAAGUCGAGUGUCAACGGCAGGACUUACCUGUUAGCAUAGAAAAUAAACGCAAGGUUCUAGGGAAGGCUCUCUACUUGAUUCGCAUCCCUACCAUGGCGCUCGAUGACUUUGCAAACGGCGCUGCUCAGUCCGGGGUGCUGACUCUCAAUGAAACCAACGACAUCUUCCUUUGGUACACAGCUGCCAAAAAGCCAGAGCUAGAGUUUGUGAGCAAUGCCCGGAAGGGCCUGGUCCCCCAGCGUUGCCACCGUUUCCAGUCUUGCGCCUACCGCAGCAACCAGUGGCGGUACAGGGGCCGGUGCGACAGCAUCCAGUUUGCUGUUGAUAAGAGAGUUUUCAUUGCUGGCUUUGGGCUGUAUGGCUCUAGCUGUGGAUCGGCAGAAUACAGUGCAAAGAUUGAACUCAAACGCCAAGGUGUUAUCCUAGGUCAGAACUUAAGCAAGUAUUUCUCAGAUGGUUCUAGCAACACUUUCCCAGUGUGGUUUGAGUAUCCGGUGCAGAUUGAGCCCGAUACCUUUUAUACAGCUAGUGUGAUUCUGGAUGGCAAUGAACUAAGCUAUUUUGGACAAGAAGGAAUGACUGAAGUUCAGUGUGGGAAGGUAACUGUUCAGUUCCAGUGCUCUUCAGACAGUACCAAUGGCACUGGAGUGCAGGGAGGGCAGAUUCCAGAACUCAUAUUCUAUGCCUGAGCAGAAGUUAUUUCCAGAGAAAGUUUGACCUGAAGUACACAUCUGGUUCAGGCCUACUGAUGCUUAGCUUCUUGUCUCCAGAUGUGAUCAGCACAGAUAAUAUGUAACUAAAAGCUGUGAGCAGUCACUGCUUGCGGUACUGGUAGCCUUUUGGGGGAUGAAAUGUAAAUGUAACAUUCAACCUUAACUGGAAGCUCUUAAGAGCAAGGAAAUUCCUAAAGCUUUGUUUGAGACAGAUGUACCUAAGCCCACAGCCUGUCUUGUUGACAUGCCCCUACUUGCAAUGGAUCGGCAGAUUUAUGCCCUCCCACAUAGCCCCACAUGCACUGGAUACUGCCUCGUCUGGUCCAUUUUCUUUUUCCAUCUCAAUUCUUUUUUCCUUCUUAUCUUUUUGCUCUCUGAUUAUCAUGACUUUUUGUCUCUUGUUUGGUGCUCCCCAAUCCUCCAGAAGGCUACACGCUGCUCAGAGUCAGAGAAGGGGCUCCACAUGGUGGGUUGCUUUUGUUCUAACAACCGAGCCAAGUAUUAUGGGGGCAGAUAAAAAAAAGCUUGUGUGUGAACAUGUAGCAGCCCCCUUAGAGGUAACCCAGUCCCAUAUGUGACCAGCUGUAUUGGGGAUGGCUGCAAGAGAAGAGGGGGAGAGAAGGUUGGCAGGCAGCAUUCAAGCCACAUACUGCUUUAUCCACAGAUGCAGAAUCAUGUUUGCAGCCAGAAUGAGCUGGGCUCAUGCAGCUUUUCCCACCAGCACCCCCCUUGGGCUCCCCUUCUGAGUCAUUCCUUAAAGACUGGGAAAUACAUGUGUGUACUCAAACUGUGUAGGUGGCUUUGAAGCAUUUACCCAUUUUACCAAAUGCUACAAUAUUAUACUGUGAUGCUUUUAAAACUGCUGUCCUUGGCCCUCUGCUAAAUAGCAGGAUGGUGAUAUCUCGCAUAGGCAAAGGAUUGGUUAAUUACAGUUAUUUUUCCUAAAUAGUUCUAGAGCAUUUGGAAGGGGAUUUUUCCCCUGUAAAAAUAAAUAUUGUAGAGUAACUAUAGAACAAAACAGUCCUGAGCUACAUUUUCCUUCUCUUUAAUGGGAGCUUUAUUAUAUUAUUGCUACAAACUAACUCAAGAUAAUUAAUCCACUCUUGGGAAUUUUCUUGCUAUAGUCUAUGUCUGGUGGUGAGCACCAAAUGUAAUACAAUGCAGGGAAAUUUGUCUAAUUUCUUGCAAUUAGCUUUUGAACCACACAAUCCUCCAUUCCACAUUUAAGUUAAAACUAUUUCUUCUCCCUCCCCCAAUUACUUUUCAAGCUUUCUGUAGUCCUGUUUGUAAUCCCUUUAUAUAAACUCAUUACUGUUUAAGAGGGAAGGAAAUCAGUAUAAAUAAAAGAUCCGAGUACCGUUUUAACUUCCUAAAAUAAAAUUCACACUUUGAAAAGAAAAUACUUAAUCACUAGAUUGUGAAAAUUGUUUAUAGAGGAUACUACCAAGGUAAUGUCUCACCUUUGUAAUACCUCUGAAGUGGUUAUAUUUGCUUUCCAUAUUUUAAAGUAAAAUAGAGGACCAAAUGAUUCUUUGGCCAGGCUAAGGACAAAUGUCUGUGCUACAUUAAAUUUAAUUAUUAGUUUUACUCUGGAACUACUUUCCUCGUAUGAUUUCUUAUUAAUAUUAUUACUCUAAGCACUUCUUGACUGCUGGAAUCUUGGCCACCAGCCAUUUCAAAGUGCCAGCAUGCUUCCUGCAGUGUCCAAAACAUGACCUGGAGUAAUGGAAACAGGAUUGAAGUAGGCAUCAAAAACCCCCAAGGCCAAAGUCAGGCCCUUCCAUGCUCGGUGGAUGAUGAAGAGUGAGGGGAAGACUGUUUUGCAAUAACCACAUUCUUUAAAACUGUAACCAUUACAGUGAAUAAGUAUGUGAGCAUAUGCAUUCUCUCUGAACUAUUUAAAUACCCUCCAGAUAUAUAGAAAAUGCUGUUUUAUAACAGAUGUACCUACACCAGCCUCCUUGUGAGAUCUGAACCGGAUGCUCCCUGAAAAACUGACUUUAAAAAAAAAAAGCUUCAGAUCUAAAUAUUUAGAUCUCUCAGCAACCAAAAACAUACAUGCAGUAUAAUUUUGUGGAUUGGGAAAUAUUUAUUGAAGAGAUGAUAAAGGAAUGUAAGAUUGUCAGGGGAUAAGAGUCAUCUACUUUUAGAGAUCUGAGCGGUAGGUGGACUUAAAAUAAACUUUGAAGCAAAGACUGGCCAAGUUACUGUGGUCAAAAUGGUUGACAGAUAUAACGGUUCUGUCUGAAUGAUGCUUACAGGGUAGAGUGAUAGUUAUUUGCUGUAACAUUGUUAAAUAGCUGCACUCUGAUUCAAUUCAUUUAUAACAGAGUUAUGUGCCUCACAGUGGGACGAAAUUGUACUCUACUAGUAUGGAUAGGCCAGUCUUUGAUUGGCUCUAGUUUUAUGGUGUUUUUAACUUAUCUUCAAAUAAAGGUUUAGCAUCUAUUAAACUGACUGGCAGGAACAGAUGGUUAAGGGAUCAAAAUAACAUAUUCCUACGAUAUGUAGAAAGUUAGGUCUUUUUAAUUGUUAUCCUUGAAUAUUUUUGACAAUGUAGGAUGAAAGCUCAGAUUCUUGCUUAAUUCCCCUGAAUCUGUUCCCGCUUCUGGACAAAAUAAGCUUCAAUAAAUAAAUAGACACCUAAGUAAGUGACAUCAGAAAGCCCGUUGCAGUAAAUGGAAUCUGCUGUUACCAAAUAGUUUUGUAUAUCAGGCCAUUUAAUUGGGUGCCUAAAUAUGACUGUAGAUCUGGUCAACUAAUUUUACUUGUCCAUGCUUGAAAAUGUCAGUUUAUAUUUUGAAAGCACCCGAUGUACAAGCUUGAAUAUAAAUACGACUCCAGCAAAAAGAACAUUAUGUAGAUGAUAUUUUAUGGCAAUCUUUACUACUUGUAUAUUGAUUUUGCUGGUAAGGGGAACUAAGGGCAUUGUAAUGUAAUAUGCUGUAAGCAUAUCAGAAAAUAUUUAAAUGUUCUAAUUUCUACAUACUUAUUGCACUGAACUUUUUUUUUAUUGUUGUGAUAAACUCAGCUGAUGUCAGGUCAUGGCACCCACUUAUGCUUGACCUUAGGCUUACAACAUUAUUUAUGAAGGACAGACAUAUAAAUAUGAAGUACCUCAUGUUGAAUGUUAUUGUACUGUAUCUUUAAUGUAACAGUGCAGAUCUUGUUAGACACAUGAAUGUGUAUAAUCACGUUAAAUAUAUAAAUAAAUCUGGUUCUUAUAUAGCUUUUUCC